AUGAGACCUCCACAAAACCCUGAUGAGGAUCCACUACCCAACGAAGAUGUGUCUGAGAAUAAUUCAAAUAAUGGUGAAUCACACAAUGAUUUAGUAAAAAUAAACAUGUCCAAUGAAACAGCAGAAGCGAUGGGACAUCUUAAAAAUGGUGAGAAACCCGAACCUGACGAUCAUGACAUUACCGAUAUGCAUCAUCAUCUUGGUGGUCACCACAAACAAAAUAAAUACGUCAGUUGGUGUAAAUUGAUCGUGCUCCUCAUUGCAUGGUUCAUGUUCACAGUCUUUCUCAUGUCCAAAAACGAAAAAACCCUUCAUUACAGACAAUUAGCAAUACCGAAAGAUAAUGAUACCAAGACUUAUGUACUUGCGGAUUUGCCAAUUGAACCACGUGUCGGACUGAUAUUUAAGGGAUCAUUCUACAAUGAACAUUAUGAUAAUGAUUCAACAAAUUAUUUACAUUACUAUCUGUCAAUAUACGAUCCCAUAACGAAUUCAACAAAAAACAUAACAAAAGAAUUUACAUUUCCCAUUGUAAACAUCACUGAAAUGGAUAAAGUCAAAGAAAUAAAACGUGUUAAGGUUGUGGAUCUUAAUGAAAUGGCCUACCGUAUGCUUUAUGACAAUAGAUCAGCAGUUCUAAAUCUAAAUUUGAUUACCAACUUUGAUGAGAGUUUUCCAUUGAAUUUUGCUUAUGAUCCAUCGCCUUUAGACAAGGACAGGGGAAUAAUCUACGCAACUAUUGUUCUCUUGGGACUUUAUGUUAUGAUUAUUUGGGAAUUGGUACAUAGAACAUUUGCUGCUAUAAUCGCAUCAACGAUGGCAAUCGGCAUCUUAGCUGCUAUGAAUGAAAGACCACCAAUGACGUUAAUAAUGUCUUGGAUUGAUAUUGAAACACUUCUACUGCUGUUUGGUAUGAUGAUUUUAGUUGCCAUUCUGUCAGAGACUGGAAUCUUUGAUUAUCUUGCUGUCUAUGCCUACAAAAUUACAAAUGGAGCAGUUUGGCCGCUUAUAAAUUGUCUCUGCUUAUUUACUGCAAUUCUUUCAUCAUUCUUGGACAAUGUCACAACCGUUUUACUGAUGACGCCUGUAACAAUCCGUUUAUGUGAAGUUAUGGAGUUGAAUCCUGUUCCAAUUCUUAUGUCUAUGGUGAUUUAUUCCAACAUUGGCGGUGCUUUGACUCCUGUUGGUGAUCCACCAAAUGUCAUUAUUGCUUCAAAUAGUCACAUCUCGAAAAAGGGAGUUAAUUUUACCACUUUUACACUUCACAUGGCAAUUGGAGUUUGUCUGGUAAUGGUGCAGACAUAUUUCCAGCUUAAACAUAAGUUCCGCAAUAUUAAUGACUUAAGAUUCAGCGAACCAAAUGAUGUCCAAGAAUUACGUCAUGAAAUAUCUGUGUGGCAACGUGCAGCGGCUUCGCUUUCAUCUUAUUCAAAAGAUGAAGACUUGGUACGAGAAACGCUUCUGAAGAAAGUUAAUCGCCUUGGUCGCCAAUUGAAGAAGAAGCUGGUAUCUGGCUCAAUUCCCACUGAAAGCUAUAAAGCAACACUUGAAGAUUUACAAGCAAAAUAUCCUAUUAGAAAUAAAAAACUUCUUGUAAAAUCUUCAGUCACCUUGAUUUUUGUCAUUAGCUUUUUCUUCCUUCAUUCUGUUCCUAAUCUCCAAAGAUUGUCACUUGGAUGGACAGCACUUUUAGGAGCUAUUUUGCUUCUUAUUCUUUCUGAUCGAGAGGAUAUGGAAGCCGUUCUUGCCCGUGUUGAAUGGUCAACUUUACUUUUCUUUGCUGCUUUAUUCGUUCUAAUGGAAGCUCUUUCUGAACUUGGACUUAUCGAUUGGAUUGGACGGCAAACUGAAAACGUUAUUCUUUCUGUAGGGGAAGAGUCUCGUUUAGCUGUCGCUAUUUUAAUCAUUUUAUGGGUUUCUGCAUUAGCAUCAGCAUUUGUUGAUAACAUUCCAUUAACAACAAUGAUGGUGAAAAUUGCAAUUUCUCUCUCGGAAAAUGAAGCCCUCAACUUACCAUUACAACCUCUUGUUUGGGCUUUGGCAUUUGGAGCAUGCCUUGGAGGAAAUGGAACGUUAAUUGGAGCAUCUGCGAAUGUUGUCUGUGCAGGUGUUGCGGAGCAACAUGGUUACAGAUUCACUUUCGUUGAGUUCUUUAAAGUUGGAUUCCCGGUUAUGAUAGGCAGUAUCUGUGUAGCAACUGUAUACUUAAUGAUGGCUCAUGUUGUGUUCGAAUGGCAUUCUCCCGACCUUUAAUAAAUUUUUUAAAAUUUAUUUUUGUGUUCUUUUCAUGACGCAAAAGAUUUUUUUUUGAUUUUGGGAAAAUGCGAAGCAUAUUUUUUUAAAGAGUUAUUGCAAAAGUCCUCUCAAAAAAUUACAGAAAUAUUAAUUAAACAUUUUUUGAUUUACAUAGGCAAAUAAUAGGAUAAAGAAGUUUUAAUCCUUGUUACAGUUAAGGCUGCAGUGUUGAACACAAAAACAUAUUUUGUUAUUUAUCUAAUUCUUUUUCGUUUCUCUUUCCUCUCUUAUUGUUUUGUUUAAGUUAAUGCAAAGAAAAAGGCAAUUUAGAGUAAAAAAUAAAUAAACUUGAAAACAUUCCAAUGAAAUGAUAAAAAUAUGUAAAAAAUACUAAGAGCAAUAUAUGUUCUUAAAUAAUAAUAUUAAUAAUAAUUAUAAUAACCCUUAUCAUGUUAAUUGUAGAUAAAUUUGAAAUUAUUUCUUCAGGUUUUUUUGAUUCUAUUUUCCUACAUGUUUUCACAUAAAUUUUCUCCUCUCUCCUUUCUUUCUUUUUAAUGCAAAUGAUGAAGAUUUUGAAAAUAGUAAAAUUAGUGAAAUUUUUUUUAUGAAAGCAUAAGUCAAGUCGUUUAAUGUCAGAUUACUGUCGAGAUAGUAAAAUAUGAAAUUGUCACAUGAGAUGAAAUGGAAACUAAAACAGCGGCUGUAUUAAUUUUUCUGCAAUAAUUGUGCCUUAUCUCAUUAAUUAGUAAUCACUGAGAACCAAUUGAAAAAUAUUGAAUAUUGCUACUGUUUUCAUAGUAAAUUAUUGUUUCAAUGAAAUCAAAGUGACAUUUGAAUGGAUUAGAGUAAAUAAACAUCACUUUAUAGAUACAAACUUAGUUCUUCAGAUGAUUCCAGUAUUAUAAUGAAAAAAUAUUAGGAAAAUAUUAUAAAUACAUUAUUUUAAUCUUUCGUCAGAUUAUCCUAUGCUAGUUAGUUCAAAUAAAUUUGCAUGACAUGCCUUCUUAACUCAACCAACCCUUGCCAACUUAAAUGGAUGUAUCAGAAAAUAUUCUAAUAUUAAAGUCGAGCCAACCAAAUUCAAUCAUGCACUUUAAAUGUGUUACUUUUUCAACUCGACUUUUCUAAAAUUACCUUAACUUUCUUUUUACCUAAAUAAGCAUAAAUAUCACUUCUAUCAAUCAGUUAAAUAAGUUAUCUAAUGAAGUAGAUUUUCUUAUGAUGAAUAUAACAUGAUGGAAAUUCAAAUAAUGAAUUUCAGUUUUUCAUAGAAGGACUUUGAUAAAAAAUAGUCUGAGUGCACUCCUUAGCAAAGAAAAAAUAUAUCACCGAACCGUCAUAAUUUUCUAUAAAGUUUAAGUAGUAGCUAGUUAUUUCAAAACUAUGUAGGGAUACUUUGAAUUUCAAGAAAAUUAAUAAAAAAACACUUAGUGACAAAU